CCCUUCACUUCAAUCGCUCAUCGCGUCGCCGCCACGAUGAGUUUGGCCAAGCCCCCCGUUCAACCAGCAAAGAAGCGCCGCAUUGCGGUCCUGACCUCCGGCGGCGAUGCUCCAGGCAUGAACGGCGCCGUACGCGCCGUUGUGCGCAUGGCAAUUCACUCUGGCUGCGAUGCCUUUGCCGUGCACGAGGGCUACGAGGGUUUGGUGGCUGGAGGAGAUUUGAUCAAACAGAUGAACUGGGAGGAUGUCCGCGGCUGGCUCUCCCGCGGAGGAACCCUGAUCGGCUCUGCUCGAAGCGCCAGGUUCCGUGAACGCUCCGGCCGUCUUGCAGCUGCGAAGAACAUGGUGCUGAGAGGAAUUGACGCUUUGGUUGUCUGCGGUGGUGAUGGAAGCUUGACUGGUGCCGACCUCUUCCGUUCUGAAUGGCCCAGCCUGCUGCAGGAGCUUGUCAAGAAAGGUGAACUGUCAGACGCCCAAAUCUUGCCAUACACCAGCUUGAACAUUGUCGGGCUGGUCGGUUCUAUCGACAACGACAUGUCCGGCACCGACGCAACUAUCGGCUGCUACUCCUCCCUCACGCGAAUUUGUGAUGCCGUAGAUGACGUUUUCGAUACCGCCGCAUCUCACCAGCGAGGCUUCGUUAUCGAGGUCAUGGGUCGACACUGCGGUUGGCUGGCAUUGACAGCAGCCAUUAGUACCGGUGCAGACUGGGUCUUUGUGCCAGAAAUGCCGCCACGAGAUGGAUGGGAGGACGACAUGUGCUCUGUUAUUACAAAGAAUCGCGAGCGUGGAAAGAGACGGACAAUUGUCAUCGUCGCUGAAGGCGCCCAAGACCGCCACCUCAAUAAAAUCGGUUCCUCCGCCGUAAAGGAUAUUCUCAGCACUCGCCUGGGCUUGGAUACCCGAGUGACAGUUCUGGGACACACACAACGUGGUGGUCCUGCCUGUGCCUACGACCGAACACUCUCUACCCUUCAGGGUGUGGAGGCAGUCAAGGCUGUUCUCGACGUCACACCCGAUUCCCCAUCGCCAGUCAUUGUCGUUCGUGAAAAUAACAUUGAGAGAAUGCCGCUUAUGGAGGCAGUCAAGCAGACACAAGAUGUCACAGCCCGCAUCAAGGCCAAAGAUUUUGAUGAAGCUAUGGCUAUGCGUGAUUCCGAGUUUAAGGAGUAUUACAACGCUUAUUUGAACACUACCUCUGUGGAUCACCCCAAGAUGCGCGUCCCUGAAGACAAGCGGAUGAGAGUUGCCAUUGUUCAUGUUGGUGCUCCUGCAGGUGGAAUGAACCCAGCCACCAGAGCUGCUGUUGGUUACUGCUUGACACGCGGACACAAACCUAUUGCUAUUCAUAAUGGUUUCCCCGGUCUUUGCCGCCACCACGAUGACAAACCAUUUGGCUCAGUGCGUGAAGUCGACUGGCUCGAGUCGGAUAAUUGGGUCAAUGAGGGUGGAUCAGAUAUUGGUACGAACCGUGGACUUCCGGGAGACGACCUGGAAAACACCUCCAAAGCAUUUGAGAUCUACAAAUUUGAUGCUCUUUUCAUUGUCGGUGGAUUUGAAGCUUUUACUGCCGCCAGUCAGCUCCGCAAGGCUCGAGAGUACUACUCGGCGUUCAAGAUUCCGAUCGUCGUUUUGCCCGCUACAAUUUCAAACAAUGUCCCCGGAACAGAGUACUCACUGGGAAGUGACACCUGUCUGAACACACUUAUCCAAUUCUGUGACGCCAUCCGCCAGUCGGCAUCUUCCUCCCGACGACGUGUGUUUGUGGUCGAGACCCAGGGAGGAAAAUCUGGAUAUAUCGCCACGACAGCUGGUUUGGCCGUUGGCGCUACGGCAGUGUACAUUCCGGAAGAAGGCAUCAAUAUUAAGAUGCUGUCCAGAGACAUUGAAUUCCUACGACACAGCUUUGCCACAGACCGCGGCGCCAACCGCGCCGGCAAGAUUAUUCUGCGUAAUGAAACCGCCUCCACCACCUACACGACGCAAGUGAUUGCAGACAUCAUCAAAGAAGAGUCCAAUGGCCGCUUCGAGUCUCGCGCCGCUGUGCCUGGACACUUCCAACAGGGCGGCAAGCCAUCUCCAAUGGACCGCAUCCGCGCCAUGCGUAUGGCCAUCCGGUGUGUGCAGCAUCUGGAGUCCUAUGCCGGUAAAACCAAGGACGAAAUCGCCGAAGACGAGCUGUCGACAUCUGUCAUUGGCAUCAAGGGCUCUCGCAUCCUUUUCUCGCCCAUGGGCGGACCAGGCGGUCUUGAAUACAAGGACACCGACUGGGAGCGACGUCGCCCCAAGAACGAAUUCUGGCUAGAAUUGCAGGGUCUGGUGGACAUUCUCAGCGGACGAGCGUUCGAGCAAUCGACCUCGACAUCGACGAUGCCGGUAUUACAUCAAACCAUUCAACAACAACUUUUUAAAGCUAGUAUUAAUUCAAAAAUAGAAUCCAUAAAAAACGCCGCCAAAGCCGUCGCCACAGAUCUGAUGACCUACUACACAGGCUACCGACCGGGCGACAACCCCGGCAACCUGCCCGAUCCAUACUACUGGUGGGAAGCCGGCGCCAUGUUCAACGCGAUGAUAGACUACUGGGCAUACACAGGCGACAGCAGCUGGAACGACAUGACCAAGCAAGCACUCAUGUGGCAGGCGACUCCCAGCGGCGAUUUCAUGCCGUCGAAUCAAUCAAUGACAGAGGGCAACGACGACCAGGCGUUUUGGGGCAUGGCAGCCAUGUCUGCAGCAGAACGCAAUUUCCCGAACCCUCCACCUGAUCAACCGCAGUGGCUGGGGAUGGCGCAGGGCGUGUUCAAUGGGCAGGUCGCGAGAUGGGAUAAGAGUACCUGUGGCGGCGGCUUGCGCUGGCAGAUCUUCACCUGGAACAACGGGUACAACUAUAAAAACACCAUCUCUAAUGGUGGAUUCUUCAAUAUCGCGAGUAGGCUGGCAAAGUAUACAGGGAACCAGACGUAUGCCGACUGGGCUGAAAAGGUGUGGGAGUGGACCGUCGAUGUCGGGUUCAUGACGCCCGAGUAUCGUUUCUGGGAUGGAGCGAAUGAUGAAAAAAAUUGCACGGAUUUCAACAAAAUCGAGUGGACGUACAACUCUGGGGUGUAUCUGUUGGGAGCUGCCAACAUGUACAACUUUACAAAUGGGAGCGACAUCUGGAAAGAACGCACGCUGCAGAUCCUCACUGCCAGCGAGGUCUUCUUCGCCAAAGAUCCCGUCAACGUCAUGUACGAACGCGCCUGCGAGCCCUUGGGGACCUGCCAGGUUGACCAGAAUUCCUUCAAAGCGUAUUUCUCGCGCUGGCUCGCGGGCACCACGCAAAUGGCCCCCUUCACAUACGAUCUCAUCAUGCCCAAGCUCCGAGCAUCUGCGCUCGCGGCAGCCAAGACCUGCACCGGCGGACGCAACAAAACGAGCUGUGGGUUGAAAUGGACUGAGCAAAAAUGGGAUGGGAAUCGGGGUGUUGGCGAGCAGAUGGCUGCGUUGGAAAUCAUCCAGAGUAACCUCGUCCAGCAGGUUGCACCCCCAGUCACAGAGUCAAAGGGUGGGACGAGUAAAGGGGAUCCGGCUGCAGGGUCGUCGGGUGGCCACAGCUCUUCGCCUCUUAGCAAACCUGCCAUGAGAGAGAUUACCAAUGCGGAUAGGGCGGGGGCUGGUGUAUUGACGACGUUCUUUUUGGCUGGUUUGCUGGGGUGUGCCGGGUGGAUUGUUUAUGAAAAGUAA